AUGCUGCCCUGCGAGGUCGCUCAGGCCAAACUGAACGGCUGCUUGCCUGAACGGGUGCUGCUCGAUUGCUUUGGGAACCUGGCGAUCACCAGAAGACCGCCACAUCUCAGGCCUGCAGCCGCCUAUUGUCAGUUCUUUUUCAGAAUCGCGAUUUUUUUUCACGACUUGUUUCUUCAUUGAAAAAGAACAUAAGCGGAAGUGCUUUGAAAUGAUAGAAGGAAAAGGCAUUCGAAAUUCGAAUUCUCUAUAAAUUUCUAAUUUACUGAAAAACUUUGCAGUAUUUUGCAAGUUUUUCUCAUUUUUCAUUCAGUUCAUGUAACCAUGAAGAAAAAUAACGUCUUAUUUGGAUUUCAGAAUCUUGAUUUUUGUUUUUUUUUUUACGAUAACAGGAGCGGGAAAUGGAUACGCUUUGAAAUGAGAGCAGAAGGAUUCUUUUUAAAAUUCUCUAUAAAUUUAUUAUUUACUGAAAGGUCUUGCUGUAUUUUGCAAACUUUGCAGCCUUUUUUUUUGCCUAUUUUGCAUUCAUUUUAUAUAGUCUUGCGAAGACAUAAUUAUGAAAUAAGGCGGAGAAUUUUUUUUGAAACUUGGUUCCUUCUGGAAAAAAAAAACAACUUUCCUACUUUGUGUGGGUUUCGUUGAAAUAAAAAAAAAUAUAGGUUAAUUUAGCCAGAAAAAAAUAUGAAGUUCAAAAAAAUAUUCUUGAAUAAGUGAUGCAGAAACUGGAGGAGAAUCUACAACUUCAUGUCAAAAAAAUUUGCUUUUGUUCCUCAAAUUUAUCUUUUUACAAAAAAAGGAUGGAAAAAUAUACGAAAAAUUCACCUGUCGCGAGCGUUAAAGUUUCAUCUCAAUCAGGUGUUUUUUUCUCAUGUCACACUACAUUCUUCUUCACGAUCUUUGUUCGAAUCUCUAUUUCAGUUUGAAAAAGUUUAGGGCUUUUUGUUGAAAAGUAUUGAAAAAAAUACUUAGUCGUUUUUUCACCUGCUCUGACCCCUUCGAUAGCAAUUUUUAUUUUUAAAAAAGGAUUCCAAAAAUAUUCUGACAUGUCGUAUAUAGGAGGGGUGUUAAAUGCCGUGUUCAAAGUUAUAUAGGCGAUUUCAAAGUUGACGUGUUAUUUUUUAAAAAUGAUUUCGGGAAUUUCGCGAAAUUGGAGUUUCGGGAACCGUUUGAAAAAUUUCUCCUGCAACGUUAUACUGGGUUUUACACCUGAAACUCAGAUUUUGAAGUCAUUUGAACACGUUUUUUUUUCGAAAAAUUUGAGUUCGCGCCUAAAAGACACCCUAUCGCAAUCUAUCGUUGUAAGACUCGGUUUUCAAACGAAUCACGAAAUUCCAAUUUCGCGAAAAAAUUAAAAAAAAACCGUUCUGAUUCUGAAAUCGCUUAAAUUAAUUCCAAAACGGCGAAAGAAUGUUGAAAAAUGGUUUUUUACCAUCUUUUUUUUUCAGGUCUACCAUUGGUGGCAAUGAAAAACGAUUACCGCAGUGGUCACGCUCUCAAGCACGUAACUCUCACGUAAGGGACAAGGGAAAAAACAAAGAAAAACUCGAAUUUCCAGCUACAUGUUUGACGCGCUGCAUCCUUACGUUGGGCUGCCAGCCACAGAUCGGAAAGACCUCACGACGGCCAUUCAAGUCUAUUGGCGUGCGUCUUUCCCUAGGAAAAUCAUGAAUAAUUCUGAGGAAUUCAGUGAAAAAUUCAAUCGAAAUUGAACAACUCGACCUGGUUCAUCGGUUCGCUCUAGAGCUUCAGGUUCAUCUCAGCGCUUGUUUCGGCUGUCGUGUCGUCCUUGAUGUGGGUUCUGUUGAUAUUCAAAAAGUUAUAAAAGCUGAUCCAAUUUUUAACUUGAAGGAUAAGUCACUGGAACACAGUUGUGCUCUACGGACAAAAAUUUUUAUUUUUACAAAGUUCGCGAGAUUUUUUAAACAUUCCUCUAGAGAACAGCAAACCGGAAUAAAUAGAGAAAAUUUUGACACAACGAGAGAAAAAUGGGAAAAAAGGAGACGUCGAAAGUUGAGAUAAUGUUGAAUAUAAGGAAAAAAAUGCCCGGGGUAAAUAGAAUAUCAAAUUUUUUUCCCCCAAUUUUUCGGAAUUUAUUUCUAUAUUUUAUUCUCAGUUUUCUAGGAGGCAAGUAAGUAACGAAAUUUCUCAUUAGGAGAAAAAAACUAGACUCACUGGCUACGCGAUUUUUUUGAAAUUCUGAGAACUUCAGGUUUAUAAAAAAACCACCAGUUUAAACUCAAAAAAAUAUUUAGAGAUUUUUUUGAAAAAAAUAAAGAGGUUCAAUUAUUAUACUAUAUCUAGAGAAACCUUGACCGUCUUGAAUUUUCGAAAUAUUAUCGAAAAUUUCCAAUUUUUGCAGAUCUAUGGCUCAUCGAGAAAUGGUUUCGGCACGCGUAUGUGCGAUGUCGACAUGAGUCUGUCGUUUUACCCGGCUCCGCCGCCUUGGGUUUUUUUUCGAUUUUCAUGAUUGGAGACUAUUUUGAAAGCUUUGUAGGCUAUGAACUCUGACCAGGUGAUGCGCGCCGUUGCCAAGGCUUUGGUCGAUUUUCCAAAGGUGAGUUUUGGGAUUUUUUCAAUAGGAAAUUUUAAACUGAAGUCGUUGUUAAACUGAAAAAAAUUUUUCUGAAUUUCAUACAUUAGUUAUCCGCAAGCUAGAUCUCGGUUAAAAGUUUUGGAACAUUUUAUAGAUUUAUGUUGAACUUUUUUUCUCUCAAUGAUCUGAGGAUUUUUUGCGCUUAUGGAAGUUUCAGUUUCAACUGAUCAUUAUAUUUGGUAAAAAUUUUACGAAUUCACUCUUUGAUUUUUGACUAGAAAGAUGGGAAGGCUUGCUUGUUUGAAAAUCUUUGUUGUGACUUUUAAAAAAGCAGAGAAAUUAAUAGGAAAUUUUGGGUCCUAUUCAUUUUUUUCAUAAGAAAUAAUUUUUGUAAGAUGUAUUUCUCUUCUUUCAUUUUGAACUUUAUUUUCUUUUGAAAAACUCAGUGUUUUCAUCCAAUUGAGAAUUUUAUUUCAUUUUAAACUUUCCAGGCGGUCGAUGAACGUUACGUGAACGCCAAAGUGCCCAUCGUUCGCUUCAGAAGCAGCGACAUGGACAUGGAGGCUGAGUCAGUACUCGUUCGCCUGCAAAUCAUCGAAAUCGACCAUUUUCAGCAUCAGUUACAAGAACGACUUGGCUCUGCACAACACGUCGUUGCUCCAACAGUACUGCAAGUGGGAUCCUGAACGGCUGCCCGUUCUGGGCGUUUGGAUCAAGGCUGUCCGUUUUUUAUUGUAUUUUUUUAGCUGAAUUUAUAAAUUCAUUAAAAAGAAAGUAGUGAGAAGACUGAGGUGUGGUAAUUUGAGAAUUUUUCGGAAAUUUAGGUACCUUGGCAAGUUUUUUUUUGUAAUGAGACCUAGUAUUGGGAUUUUUUUUAGUUUGUUUGUUAAAAUGGGUUAUUUUUUUCUUUUUCUGUAGUCCCAAAGAUAUACUUGAAUGUCUGCUUUUUUUUAAAAAAUCUUUUUCCAUUUUUCAUUCCCAACUAGUUGCUGUUGGUCUCUGAUCUCUUUUUUGGAUUUUAUGAGAAAAGAAAAAAAUGAUUUGAAGUGGGCCAAGCGCUGCGGAAUCGGCGAGGCCUCCAAGGGAUCCCUGUCCUCGUACGCCUGGAUCGUCAUGCUCAUCCACUAUCUCCAGCAAGUUGAGCCUGUCCCAGUUGUGCCUUGUCUUCAGGAGGUUUCGAUUUUAUUUGUCUUCUUGGGACACUUUUAAAAAUGAAAAGAAAAUUAAAACUACAUUCAUUUAAAACCAUUCCGGGUUCAUGUUUUUUUUUGAAGUAGCACCUCUAUUUUUUUUUUCGCCAUGAAAAUUUUCUGAAUUUAGGUUCCUCAUCAGAAGAACGAAAACGCCUACGUCCAUGGCUACAACGUCUUCUAUUGGAAAUUUGUUGAUGUACGGGUUUCUUAUAUUUUGUUGCAAGAGCUACGAAAACAAUAAGAGUACAAUAAGGCGAAAACUAAUAGAAGUUCCCUUUAUAACUUUCCUGAGUUUGAAAAGAAAAAUCUUUGCCAUGAAAGAAAAAACGAAAAUUUUGGAUGUUUCUAAAGGUUUUUCGAUUAAAGACAGCCUUUUUUUCUUUCUGACUGAGACUAUAGAUUUUUCAAAAAAAUAUUUUUAUAAGUUAAAUCUACAAAGGAAAAAUGGCUUCAAAAACAAGCCAAACAUAAUUUCUUAGGAAAAAGGUUGAGACCAAACGUCUUGAACAACUUGAAAAAUUUGAAUAUGCAGUUUGAGGGAAAGCAGAGCAAGAAAUGCCGCGCGAGUGUCCUCGAUCUGUUCGUCGGGUUCCUCGACUACUACUCGUCUUACUUUGACUUCACUCAGCACGUUCGUCAAGCUCUCCCAGUGGAUCAAUCUGAAAUUUCUUUGAAGGUUGUGCAAAUGGACACGACGCGGAUCAUGAUGAAGCCGGACAAGUGGGCCAAGUUCACGAUGUGUGUCGCGGAUCCCUUCGAAACCGACCACAACUUGGCCCAAGGCGUCGAUGCGGCCAGUCCGUCUUUCUUACCUUUUAAAUCAAAAAAAUCAUUUGCUCCGAGUGGGCUGCAACUAUUUUCAUCACUUCUUAAUUUAUCGGGAUUUUCAAAGUCGCUGAAAAGUUAUCCAACUUCUUCAUAAGGCUUUUUGAACCUCCUACGAUUUUUGAAUAUUAGAAAGAAAAGUAAUAUUUAAAGAGUCUCUAGUUGAAAAAGGCAGUUUUUUCUGUUUCAGUAAUGUUUUAUAAUACCCCGAAAAAACUACGAGCAAAUCUAAAAAUAAUUUUUCAGUCCAGAACAUUUUUAUGAAUUUCAAAUGACUUCUUUGCAGUGUUCGCCUAUAUUCGCAGCUGCAUGCUGCAUUCCCGGGGCGUCUUCACCAGUCGGUACAUCCGAUCGGAUUUCCUGUCGCACUAUGGCUACGAGGAGACCUACGAGAUGGACAAUGAAAUGGCCGGCCAGUUCGGGGUACCCUUUUGAGACAUUUCGUUUGAAGAACUUCUUUACAGUUUUAAAAAGAAAAAAAUUAUUUUUUUGAUAUGGAAAAUGAUUAUGUAAAAAAACUUAAGUUGAAAAAUACUUAUAAACUAAAUUUCAGAAAAAAGAAUUUUUUUAAUAAGAUCGAAACUUUUUUUGAAAACCGGUUUUUUUAAUUUUAUUAUUUUUUUCAGCGACUUUCAGAAUUAGAAAGAAAGAAUAUAUCUUUAAAAGAGUUGUCCAAAAGAAGAAAUGAGAAAAAGAAAAGAUAAGUAGAAUAAAAACAGAUAUUCAAAAAAAUAAAAAAGUCAAAAUGUUUUGGUGCUGAACAAAAAAAAAAACGAUUCCACAAAUUUUUUUAGAUCUCGGUAAAAUCUCUCCAACUUUUGAAAACUUUGAUCUAAACUACUUUGAAAAUAGUACAACUUCUAGGAGUUUCUGCUCCACAAGUGCAUCAUGAUGAAACAAGCGCCGAUCCGGCAGUUUCGCGACCGGAGCAUGAGCCAGUCGACGAACACGAGCGGCAGCAGCUGA